AUGCCUCUUUUAAAAAUCUGCAGCGCGUGCAGAACACUCCGCUACAGCAUUGUAGCGGAGUCAAUGGUUGAUUUAAAAAAGAAAGGUACGUGAAGCAGAUAUUUAAUACAACUCUUGUACUACAGUGUUGAGUUUUUAAUAUUAAAACGAACUUUAUAAUAAAUACUGCAUAAGCUUACUGUUUUUAAACAAAGCACUACUCACUAUUUUUUUGAUAUAAAAGAUAUAUGAUUACGUUUGUGCCUAUAUUGUUGAUUGACAUUUCCCCUUUUGCUUUUUUGUACAUAUAAAUCUAAAAUUUGAUACUGUAGUUUAUACAAUUUCUAAGCUUGAUGUGUAGUCUAGUGUGAGAAUAUGACUUAUCCUUGUGCACUCUAUGGUAAUAAAAUGGAUGUUAUUAGGAGCAUAUUGCAGUGGAUUAAAACACGUGUGUGUUAUACAGAUUCUGUAGCAUAUUUUUUUGUGGAAAAAAAAAUUAACAAAUAUGUUGUGCAUCUUUAUAAACCAAAAUAUAAUGGUCAAUUCGUUUUGUCUUUAUAAACUAACAGGCAAGGAAAAGUUAAACGGAGACAGCAUUGUUUUGGAAGAGGAUGGGAGUGUGGUUGAUGAGGAUGACGUUGUGAAGGCUCUUGACAAGAACACAGUUCUGAUGGUCUUAAAAGAAGACGAAUCUUGGGCUCCUAUUUCACAAGCAAGUGUUUCACAAAACAUGGAAGAAAAAAAAGGAAGAAGGAACACAGAGAGAACAUCGACCACAGAUGGAUGUAUGCGUCUUGAUAAUUUCGGUGGCACUUUAAAACUACGGAAACCAACAGAAGAGGUAUGA